AUGAUGAGUUUGUCUGGCGUGGUCAUUGCCUCAGUGUACAGGGCUAUUGUGAGGCCAUUGGACGUCCAAGCAAGAAACACUACUACCAGCAUUGUCCUGCGGGCGGCGCUCAUCUUGCUUUUGUCACUGGUCUUGGCAAUUCCUGAGGCUAUCUUCUCUGACCUUCACUUAUUCAACAUCCCCUCCACCAACGAGAGUUUUGUCGCCUGCGCUCCAUAUCCGCAUGCUGGAGAGCUCCAUCCAACAAUCCACUCUACAGCCUCCUUCCUCAUUUUCUACAUAAUCCCCCUGCUGGUCAUAUCUGUGUACUACACUUCCAUCGCUGGCAGCCUGAGGAGGAGUGCAGCCAACCUGCCUGUGGAGGGAGAGACUCGAAGUAGAAUCGACAAGCUCAUGUACUGCAUUAAAUACACUUUUGGCAGUGUAAUAUGACACGCAUUAAUGCAUUAAUUUCAAUGUAUUAUCUUCAUUAUCCCUGAGGUGGACACGUCCCUGGUUCAUUUUGUGUGCAGUGUUGUAGCUCGGAUCCUGGCCUUCACCAACUCCUGCCUCAAUCCUUUUGCCCUGUACCUGUUGAGCAAGACCUUCCAGAGGCAGUUCAACGAGCACCUCUGUUGUUGCUGCAGCAUAAUCCCCAAAUCCUCCUCCCAGCAUUCAAACAUGCAUUACCACAUGCGUAUGACCUCUGUCCGCAGCACACGCCACUACAUGGCUAGUGAGAGCGUGAUGGAUGCUACUCAGCCAGGCUGUCAGGAAGAUUACGUUUAA